UUCUUUUCCCACCUUAAAAAUACAGCCUCUUACCUAACUUCACAAUUCACUUCCCAUCUCACCUCCCACUCCAUAAAACCCCCAAUUCCAUCCCAAGUUUCGCCACAGCUCUCUCCUUCACUUUCCCACUUCAAACCAGUACUAGUAAGUCAUUACAUUACCAACAAAAACUCCAUAAAAAUGUUGAACCACCUUCGACUCAUUAUCACCUUCCUCUGCUUCUCCACAGCUUUUGCUCAGUCUCCAGCACUACCUCCACAACCUCCAGCUACUCAGUCUCCAGCACAACCUCCCCAAGUCCCUGCCACUCAGUCUCCACCACCAGCACUAGCUCCACAAGUCCCACUAGUUCAGUCUCCACCUGCACAACUAGCACCAGGUCCAGCCCCACCAGGCCCACCCAACAUCACCGCCAUCCUCGAAAAGGCCGGUCACUUCUCUACAUACAUUCGGCUACUAAAGGCCACCCAGAUUGACAACCAAAUCUACAAACUCCUCAACGACUCCAGCCAGAGCCUAACCGUGUUCGCCCCAUCUGACAAUGCCUUUGGCAACCUUUCAACCGGUACUCUCAACUCCUUCUCAGACGAGCAAAAGGUCCAGCUGGUGAAAUUCCACGUCAUCCCAUCCUUCUUUUCGGUUCCUGCAUUCCAAACAGUAAGCAAUCCGUUGAGCACACAGGCUGGAAGUACUGUUCAGUACCCGAUGAAUGUGACCACAGCCGGGAAUCUGGUGAACAUCAGUACUGGGAUUGUUAACACCACAGUGACUGGCACGGUAUAUUCCGACAACCAACUGGCAGUGUAUCAGGUGGACCGAGUGCUGCUUCCAUUGUCCUUUUUUGUCACUAUAUCACCUGCUCCAGCACCAUCAAAGCCUGAGAAGAAGGCUCCAUCUCCGGCAGGCGAUCAGUCCACUACUAGUACCAAUACGUCAGUUCAGGCUUCUGGUGCAAUGUCGGUGACUCACCACCGUGCACUCAAUGUUGCAGUGUGCUUUGCAGGUUUUCUUAUUGCAGCAAUGUGUUUGUGUCUUUGAGUUGAGAGAUUGUUGAUGAUGAUUGUGUUUGAUUUGUGUAAAAGUUUUUACUUAAAUAAUUCUUUUGUCUAAACACUCUUCUUGCAACACCAUAUGCUUCUCUUCAUGUUGCUUACAAACACUGCAAACCUUUAUCUAAUAGUAUGAAGUAACAAUAAUUCUAGUUACUCUCAAAAUUUCAUCAAAAUUUUUAUCAGAAAAGUAGAAUCGUAUGGGUAUAGAUUUUAAGUUGGUGUUGUGUAUCAAACCUAAAAUGAAUUUUAUGGACACAUUUUAAUUCUAAGUGAAAUUGAGGGUAAAGAAAAGAAACCAUCAUAUCAUUUUACAAUAGUUGUUUGCAGGUUUACAGAGAGAAUUCACCAAUUUGUCCCCUCCUCAUCCCCACCACUUUGGCAUUACACAAACUCAAUCCUUCAAUGUGACCAUAUAUAGGGGAUAAAGAUCAACAGAAAAAACAACAAUAGAUGACGCCCUUCAAUAAACCCCUCCUCUAGCUUCUACCACUUCCAACUUAGUUACUCCCACUCUUCCUAGCAAAAUUAGCCUCGGCUUUCUUUGAGAAUUAGCUAAAAAGCUAAUUUAUUAACUAAAUAUAAGCCACCCAAAAAAAGUUAAUAUUAAGAAAAGUAAGUUAAUUGGUAUAUUCCUAGCGUGUUGGCAUUUCUAAUAACUUUUUAAAGUCGUUAAAGUUGACUUUUUAAUGAGAAACUAGUAUAGCAAAAUAGAUUUGUUUUAAACAAUCAACUAAUAGAAGUUGUGUGCUUUAUAGCCUCAUUCUCAAAUCCUUUGCACUCAGAUUUCUGACCCUCUUCAUAACCCACAGACCUUUUGCCUAAGCCUCAAGACAGACCACCUUCCCGAAAAUUACCCACCUUUUGGUUGAUUCUCCCCUCCUCCUGAACCACAAACUCCUUACAGCGUCACCCUCAAGUUACAGUGACUACAUGUCUUACGAUGAAGAAUCUUAACAUUGAUCAGUCCUCAUCAUCAACAUCUUUUCUUCCAUAAAAUGACAUAUGAAUAAAUCAUAUAUGAGUGUUUUUCAUCAAGAAAAAUCAUGAUGAGAAAGCGCUGAAACUAAAAAAAUGCUCCUUAGACAGAGCGAGUAGCACUAAAGCUGAAAAGUUCAUACUAUUGCAUAAUGAGGGUGAUUGGAAAUCAUACAUUUGUGCCGUAAAGCCAUGUUUAUUGCAGUACUAUUUGUGGGAUAAAAAGUGAGGCGAUAGGCCUCACCGGAUUAUUUUUUCCGUUGUUUGUUUUGUGAGAUAAGCAAAAGGGAUAAAGGGGUGGAGAAUAUCUGGGACUCACAUGUUUAAUUUUAGGCCAACGUUUGUUUUAUAUGGUAUUAACUCUGGAUAACUUUAUCUCAUGAUAUAACUUAUCUUUCAUAAUCUUAUGAUAAUCCUUCAUCUCAUCUAAACCUAUAGUAUAACU